CCUCACAUCGGAGCAGGAGGAGGCGUAGGGGGCGCUCUGGAUGUGCACUCACACGGAUGCCUGCUGCAGGAUUGGCCCGGCGGCUCCGGAUCGCUUCCCCACUGUGUGCUCGGGUUUAGCAGGGCUGUUUCCUCGGAUAAUUCUUCCAUCUGGAUCUGGAAUCUUACGUAGGUCACCAUGCGGCUCUCCCGGGAGACUCCCCGCGCUCCGGCCGUGCCCAGGCAGCUUGUAAUCGGUGCCCGGUGAGAGGAGGACAAUGAGCAGCGAGCAGGAACCAGAUGACAAUUAUGCACGCGUGCGAGCUGUGGUGAUGACACGGGAUGACUCAAGUGGCGGGUGGUUGCCGCUUGCGGGAGGGGGACUCAGCUGUGUCACCGUGUACAAAACUUCCCAUCCUGAAGAUAACAGUAGUGCAGACUUUCUUGUCCAUGGAGAAAGACUCCGAGAUAAAACGGUGGUCCUGGAGUGUGUUCUGAAGAGGGAACUGGUCUAUAAUAAAGUCACCCCUACUUUCCACCACUGGAGAAUUGGAGACAAGAAAUUUGGCCUCACAUUCCAGAGUCCAGCAGAUGCUAGAGCUUUUGAUAGAGGGAUACGUCGUGCCAUUGAAGACCUCACUCAAGGUUUUCCCACAUCCCAUGUGGAGUCAGAUGUUGGAUCAGAGGAAGGAUCUCAGAUGAACAAAGAAGAUCAUUGCAGCACGCAGAACAAUGGCUCCUUUUUCCAUCGUGACUCAAUUCCAACGGAUGAACUCUAUCGCAGCUCAGCCAUCAGGCCUUCUCCCUUUGAGAACCUUAAUCCUAGAAGAGCUUACAUGCACACCCAGGUUCCUCUUAAACCCCUCCGCCACGUCAGCUUCCAGGAUGAAGAUGAGAUUGUGCGCAUCAACCCACGUGACAUCAUCAUUCGGCGCUACGCGGACUAUCGCCAUCCUGAUAUCUGGAGAAAUGACUCGGAGCGUGAGGAACAUGAGAUAAGUGCUCCUUUCACCAAGGUGGACAACAAGAAAAACAGUUAUCUUUACUCUCCAGCUAAUGGCAGAGACUCGCUCAAGGAGCAAAAAACAUCAGGAGUUUUUAAGACUCAGCCUACAUCCUCUCUAAAAAAGCGAAGGAAAGAGGAUGGAGAACGCUCGCGGUGUGUGUAUUGCCAAGAGCGCUUUAACCAUGAAGAGAAUGGUAGGGGAAAAUGCCAGGAUGCCCCAGAUCCUAUCCGGAGGUGCAUCUAUCAGGUCAGCUGUAUGCUGUGUGCUGAGAGUAUGCUCUACCACUGCAUGUCAGAUUCCGAGGGAGAUUUCUCUGACCCCUGUUCGUGCGAUGCCUCUGAUGAAAACUUGUGCCUGCGCUGGCUGGCUCUAGUCACUCUAUCCUUCAUUGCUCCCUGUAUGUGCUGCUACCUUCCUCUACGAGCCUGUCACCACUGUGGGGAGAUUUGCGGAUGCUGUGGGGGUAAGCACAAAGCGGCUGGAUGACAAAGUGACUCUGCAAACCCCAGGAAGAAUUUUUUAAUUUGCCAGAUGGCUGCUGGAACCGAUGCAGGCAGUUUUCGGUGAUGCUGUUAAAGUGGAUCACACGAGGUGGUCUGUACCCGGAGCUAUCUGCGUCCAGACAGGACCAGCGAGAAUAUGUAACAGUGCCAGUCUUGCAUUAGAUAUAUAUAUAUAUAAAUAUAUAAAUAUAUAUAAAUAUUAUUUUAUUUUUUUCCUUUUUGUAAUUAAUAUUAUUUUAUUUUUUAUUUGCCAUUCCGGUAUGAAUGCAGAUUAUUCAAUAAUCUUGUAACAUAUGAACUACGAGACAUCCCGCCGCAUAAGGAUGCUUGUUGAAUGGAUUGAAAUUGAAUGUUUUUUGGUAGAGCAAGGUGAGGGAAUUAUAGAACAAAUAUAUAGAAAUAUAUAUGUAUGUAUACUUUUUUUCCAUGCCCCAUCUUCUCUUCUCACAGUUGAAUAAUAAUUCUGGUCUUUCUUCCAGAGAUUAACUAACAUUGUAUAGAAAUUGUGCGAUUGGUUGACCUACAAAUACACAAUAUCUGAAAGUUUUUAGUGGAACUAAAUAAUUUCUAGUUUUAUUCAAGUGAUUUUAUGUAUAAAUAACAAAUGUCUAUAUUUAACUAAAUGUACGGUACAAGAAAAUUUUAUGACUUUUUAGGAGAAAGUUUCUUACAGUGCGCUCCUUACCCAGCUUCCCUUGUUUUCCUGUUAAAAUGUGGGACAUUCCGGUAUAGGGCUGAGUCCUGCUGCUGUGUAGGGUGACCAGCUAAGUCUCCGGCAGCUGAAUGGUUAAAACAAAGCUGUUUAUCAAUGUAUUGUUUUUUUUUCUGAUGGUUUACUGUUUAUUCAGCUUUUAUCUGUUUCUCCAAUCUACCUGUGUUAUGUCACAUUAUUUAUACACUCUGGUACAUAGAAUAUAACACAAGUGUCAGAUCA